UUUAUCGACAGAGCCCCAUUGCGAGUUAUUAAAAAUGUUGGUUACUCUGUAAGGUGACAUUCAGAGCAUUGUCUUACUAUGCUUUGGCCGCUGCUUAAGCAACGUUGAAGUGGCACAAACCAGUGAAAUUUUAGUUUAUCCCCAACGUUGAUCGGCACAGGAACAGCACGAUGGCUAUGUCCAAGGUAAUACGCGUGCUGGAAAAGUCAAUAGCGCCCUCACCCCACAGCGUUCUACUGGAGCAUCGCAACAAGACCGACUGCAUCCUCUUCGAAUCUCAUGUCUGUGCGCUUCUGACGCAGCAGGAAAAUGUCAUACGCAAACAGUACACAAAGGUGUGCGAUGCCUAUGGCUGUUUGGGUGCACUGCAGCUGAAUGCCGGCGAGAGCACUGUGCUCUUUCUGGUGCUCGUCACGGGCUGCGUAUCGAUGGGCAAAAUUGGCGAUGUGGAAAUAUUUCGCAUAACGCAAACCACAUUCGUUUCACUGCAGAAUGCGGUGCUGAAUGAGGAUAAAAUUAGCGAAGUGCGCAAGCUGCUCAAUUCGGGCACGUUCUAUUUCGCGCACUCGAAUCCAUCGGCGGCUGGCUCCGGCGCAGCCAGCGGCUCCACCUCGUCCAACAGCAAGUUUGACAUUACGCUGUGCGCCCAGCGUCGUCAUCAGACGGCGGAGACGGACAAUCGCUUCUUCUGGAACCGCAUGAUGCACAUUCACUUGAUGCGCUUCGGCAUUGAUUGCCAGUCGUGGCUGCUGCAGACCAUGUGCGGCUCAGUGGAGGUGCGCACCGUUUACAUAGGCGCCAAGCAGGCGCGGGCCGCCAUCAUAUCACGGCUGAGCUGCGAACGCGCUGGCACGCGUUUCAAUGUUCGGGGCACCAAUGACGAGGGCUAUGUGGCCAACUUUGUGGAGACGGAGCAGGUUAUCUAUGUGGAUGGCGAAAUCACCAGCCACGUGCAGACGCGUGGCUCUGUGCCGCUCUUCUGGGAGCAGCCAGGCGUGCAGGUGGGCUCACAUAAGGUGAAGCUCUCGCGCGGAUUUGAGACCUCAGCCGCAGCCUUUGAUCGCCACAUGAGCAUGAUGCGCCAGCGCUAUGGCUACCAGACGAUAGUCAAUCUGCUGGGCAGCUCUCUGAUUGGCAGCAAGGAGGGCGAGGCAAUGCUCAGCAACGAAUUUCAGCGACAUCAUGGCAUGUCCGCGCACAAGGAUGUGCCGCACGUGGUCUUUGACUAUCAUCAGGAGUGCCGCGGCGGCAACUUCACGGCGCUGGCCAAGCUCAAGGAGCGCAUGGUCGCCUGCGGCGCCAACUAUGGCAUAUUUCAUGCCGCCAACGGGCAAAUCCUGAGCGAACAGUUCGGCGUUGUGCGCACCAACUGCCUCGACUGCUUGGAUCGCACCAAUUGUGUGCAGACUUAUUUGGGCCUGGACACGCUCAAUUUGCAGCUGGAGGCUCUAAAGAUGGGCGGCAAGCAGCAGAACAUCUCACGUUUCGAGGAAAUCUUUCGCCAAAUGUGGAUCAACAACGGCAACGAGGUGAGCAAAAUCUAUGCCGGCACAGGCGCCAUUCAAGGCGGCUCCAAGCUCAUGGACGGCGCUCGAUCUGCAGCACGCACCAUACAGAACAAUCUCUUGGACAAUUCCAAGCAGGAAGCAAUCGAUAUUCUGCUCGUGGGCUCAACACUCAGCUCGGAGCUGGCAGAUCGAGCUCGCAUUCUGUUGCCCUCGAAUAUGUUGCACGCACCGACUACAACGCUGCGAGAGCUGUGCAAGCGCUAUACGGAGUACGUGCGUCCACGCUUGGCACGCGUUGCUGUGGGCACUUACAAUGUGAACGGCGGCAAGCAUUUUCGGAGCAUUGUGUUCAAGGACUCGCUGGCCGAUUGGCUGCUCGACUGCCACGCCUUGGCACGCUCCAAGGCGCUGGUGGAUGUCAACAAUCCGUCGGAACACGCUGACCAUCCAGUGGACAUUUAUGCAAUUGGCUUCGAGGAAAUUGUUGACCUAAACGCAUCGAACAUAAUGGCAGCCAGCACAGACAAUGCCAAGCUGUGGGCCGAGGAACUGCAGAAGACCAUUUCGCGGGACAAUGACUACGUGCUGCUCACCUAUCAGCAGCUGGUGGGUGUCUGUCUGUACAUCUAUAUACGGCCGGAACAUGCGCCACACAUACGUGACGUGGCCAUUGACUGUGUGAAAACUGGGCUGGGCGGUGCCACCGGCAAUAAGGGCGCCUGUGCGAUUCGCUUCGUGCUGCACGGCAGCUCCAUGUGCUUUGUGUGCGCCCAUUUUGCUGCCGGCCAAUCGCAGGUGGCGGAACGCAACGCCGACUAUGCGGAAAUCACGCGCAAAUUAGCUUUUCCCAUGGGCCGCACACUCAAAUCCCAUGACUGGGUAUUCUGGUGCGGCGAUUUCAAUUAUCGCAUUGACAUGGACAAGGAUGAGCUAAAGGAGUGCGUCCGGAAUGGAGAGCUAAGCACGGUGUUGGAGUUCGAUCAGCUGCGCAAGGAACAGGAUGCUGGCAAUGUAUUCUCCGAGUUUCUGGAGGGCGAGAUCACCUUCGAUCCGACCUACAAAUACGAUGUGUUCAGCGAUGACUAUGACACUUCGGAAAAGCAGCGUGCGCCGGCCUGGACAGAUCGCGUGCUCUGGCGUCGACGUAAAGCAUUGGCCGAGACCGACUUUGGGGGCGUCGGCACAGCUGCAUGGAAUCCUGGCAAGCUUAUACACUAUGGACGCUCAGAGCUCAAGCAGAGCGAUCAUCGGCCUGUCAUCGCCAUCAUCGAUGCUGAGAUCAUGGAAGUCGAUCAGCAGCGCCGACGUGCUGUCUUCGAUCAGGUCAUUCGGGAUCUGGGUCCACCUGACUCAACCAUUGUGGUGCAUGUGCAUGAGCAGUCGACGGAUGCGGACGACGAUGGACCCACUAUUUAUGAUGAGCAUGUGAUGGCAGCUCUCAUAGCCGAGCUCUCCAAAAUGGGCGAAGUGACGCUGGUUCGCUAUGUGGAGGACACCAUGUGGGUGACGUUCCGCAACGGUGAAUCGGCACUCACUGCAGCCGCCAAGCGUAGCACACAGGUCUGCGGCUUGGAGCUGGUCUUCGAGCUGAAGACGCCUGACUGGCCGCAGCAGGUGGACAAUGAGAUCGAGCUGUGUACCUCCAAUACCCUUCCGUUGUGCUCCAAUCCUGCGGAGCAGGCACAGCUGCUGCAGUUGACGCCAGAAGUGCCACAGCGACCCAAACAGCCUCCAACUCGUCCGGCGCCAGCACGUCCGCCUAUGCCUAUGUCGCCAAAGAACUCGCCUCGCCACUUGCCGCACGCGGGUGUCAUCAGCAUUGUGCCCAAGCCGAAUAAGCCCCCGAUGCCGCCACAGCCGAUGCAGGUGCCAUUGCAGCCUGUGCAGGUUGCGCCACCGCGGCCACCCAAUAUGGUGGGUGAUACCACGCCUUCAUCCAAGUCUCAGUCACCCACGGAGUUGGGUUCGCCGUUGCAUGCCACAUCCGUGAGCUCAUCAAGCUCCUCCUCUGGCAAGGCUUCGCCCACGGUUGCUCUGCCCUCCGGCCCACCCACGCCACCUCGCCAAAUGCAGAGCAAACAGUCAACGCCCGUCUCAACACCCACGCGGCAAUCCAAACAAGCUUCGCUGGAGCAAUCUUUGCCGCCAGAUACCGCCUAUGAAACAGCUAGCAAUAUCUAUGAGGAGAUACAGGAUGAUGUGCCGGCACCACGCCAUCCGCCACCAUCGGCACCGCCGCCAGUUAUGUGUACCGUCGAUAGUCCACGUCGACAGCCGCCCCUGCCCACAGGCGCUGCUCCACUGGGUCCGCCGCCACCGCUGCCCAAUCGCGGCCGUGGACCACCACCAAUACCAAAUCGUAGCGGAAAUGCGCCACCGCUGCCAACACGCCCCACAAAUAACUAAACGGGAUGUCACAGAAUUUUUGUGCAGCAAUGAAUAUUUAAUAUAUUGGCAGUUUACUAAUUACAUUCCGAGUUGUUGUAUUUAUCGUUGGAAGUCGCAUAACUAACUAUAAAAAGAUAUGUUACAAAUAUAUAUACUUUGCCAACUGUAUUGUAGAUAUCAUCUAUAUACACGUUGGCGAUUCCAGGCAUGAAUUGAAAGUGAAAUGGGAAUUUGAUGACAGUUAAAUUGGUGUUAUAUGCGUAGAUGAGGCAUAUAGAGAAGAUUAUAAAUCAAAAUUAGUUUCGUUCGUUGCAUUUGAAUUGAAAAUGUUAAAUGUUUACCCUUUUUUGUUGAACAAGGGCUUGAUUAUUUAACCUACACUGGCCGAACGUACUCACUAAAGCACCAAAUAAUUAAUUAGAUACGUAUUUAUGUUGCCCACAGCAAGCAAAAUGAACAACUAAAACAUAUAAAUAUAAUAAAGUAUUAAAUUAAAUUUAAACUAUGUUUAAACGUAUAUAGCCGUACUAGUCAAAUUAUGAAAUAAAACAAUGUAGUAGCCAAAAGUAUUAACAAAGAGCAAACAACAAAGAAGAACAACUUAAUAAUACUUUUGCUAGUUGCAGUUACAGCUUUAACCACGCAAUGCUCUAACAAAAUACCUAAAUUCUGUUAUCAAACUUUGUCGCAAGAAGAGCAAACUAAAAAAAUAAUAAAUAUAAUAAUAAUAAACAUAAAACUUACUAAUAUGUUGAUACCUACAAUGAGUUGAGCUGUACAACCAGAACAUAUUUAUUGCAUUAGACUUUAGUUGGAUAAAGGCAAAAACCACACACACACACACACACACAACAUAUACGAAAACAAUAUCAAAGAAAUUGCAAAUGCUAUAUUUAAAUGUUAAUGUUACACAAAAUGUGCAAAUUGUAUAAAUGUUUAAUCAUCCAAGCGAAAAGUAAAUCAAUAAAUAUGAUAUAUACACAUAUAU